UUUCUCUCACUGAAACCUUCAAAUUCAUCUUUCCAAUUCCUUGAAUUCCACCAUCGGAAACCGAAUCCUUGAUUAUUAUCCAAAUCAACACAAAAUUUCAUCAUAUUUCAUCAUAUAUUUCGAAUCUUAUUUCAGAUCUCAUAUUAACAGAUUUUGAUUUGUGAAGAAGAAGAGCAAAAUUUGAAGAUAUUGUUAUGGCGUGUGUUGCUGGAAUGAUGAACGGAUACAUGUCAUCGUCGACGGCAUCGUCGUCGUCGUUUGGAAAAUUGAAGAAUUCGCAUAAGAAGAAGACGAAUCGGAACGAUCGGAGGUUUAGGAUUGGAGUUACGUGUGUUUCGUCCAGUCCUGUUGCGUUAGAUCCGUAUAAAACGUUGAGUAUUCGUCCUGAUGCUUCUGAAUCUGAGGUUAAAAAGGCGUUUAGACAGUUAGCGUUGAAGUAUCAUCCGGAUGUGUGUAGAGGAAGUAAUUGUGGAGUUCAGUUUCAUCAAAUCAACGAAGCUUACGAUACUGUGAUGAGUAAUCUGAGAGACGAAACGAGAGUGAGCGAGAUGGAUAUGUAUGGACCACCGGAUGCAGGGAUCGACGAGCCGAUGAGGGGGAUGGACGAUCCGGAUUGGGACAUGUGGGAAGAGUGGAUGGGUUGGGAAGGUGCUGGGAUUAGAGAUUACACUUCACAUAUUAAUCCCUACAUCUGAAGUGUUUUAAGAUCUGUGGUGUUUUGAGAUUGAUUAAUGUUGAUCCAAAUGCUUGUUUCUGUAUAUAAAAAUGUGUUUGUGGAGAUGAUGGUAUUAGUGUUCAUCUCUGAUUGUAUAUACGUAUGAUUUUAUGAUUAAUCUUGUGUAAUUAUGCUUAAUUGCUGUUUGGGAAUAAAGAUUUCCUUGGAUUCCA